AUGAUUUCCUUCCGCGAACCCGUCUAUCAGGGCAUAGCUGAACCUCCAAGUUCGGACUACGCCAUGGAGCGCCCCGUCGCUCGUCGCCCCCCGCUUGCACGAUCUUUAAAGGACAGAUUGACUAACAUUGUGAGCAUGCAUGUGCCAAGCAACCAGCCCUAUCUUUCUCCGAACCGCAACCUGAAGGUGAAGGCGGAACUCAUAGAAGAGGGUGGAAUGGAUGGCGUGAACGACCGUUUUGGACUACUGACCCUUCAUCCCAACGAAAACAACGAAACUCACGAAGGACUUUGUGAAAUCACCGCCCAGCUAGAUAAAAGUGGCCUCUCUAAGGCGGUUGAGGAAGCUUUACUGUCCGAAAAUAUUGAUUUACCACCAGAGAAGUGUGUUGUUUCUUGUAUGACUUUCGAUCGAAACUCUUUGUACAUCUGUGUCGAGGGUAUUCCCUACGUCUUCAAGACACCAAUAGCUUCGUUGCCGUUGUCAAAGCAGGGCCUCUCAAUGGACAAAGUCCACCUAAAACUGCCAGGCUCCCUAGAAUUACUGCCGUCAGCUUUGUGCUUAAAGCAAAUCCAGAACGAGACAUGCGAACUGUUUGUAAUCGGACAGGCUCGAUCACCAACGUCGGACGUUUCAUUAAACAUGCUUGUUUGCUUCUCUCCGGAUGGCAGACUGAUUGCCCAAACUCGCAAGUAUCCAUUCCGUCGUUUCGUAGCCAUUGACAUCGACGGCGACGGUAACCCGCUGUUAUCGUGCGCAGCGGGACCGGAAGGCACCCCGGCCGCCCAGAUCUGCAAGCUGACACCCCACUUUGAGCGGCGCAUUUUCUCAAUCACGAUGCGCAGAGAUCAGACCGUC